AUGCCCAUGGACCUGAGUCACGGAUGGCAGACCGGGCUCCAGAAAGGACUGGCUUCUCCUCCAAACCACCUCACGAUCACCACCGUUUCCAACGUUCUCGGGAGAGGCUGUUACUACAGAACUGCCUUUUUCCGCAACAGCUUCAGAUUCAGCACCGAGUGGCAGCACGGACCCCAGCCGGCGCCAGCGUCGCUGCCGCCCGGGAGCCCCGCGCCCACGCCUCCCUUCGCACUUGGCGGCGCCGACGGGAUGCCCGCAGCCAUGCUCCCCUACGCUUGCGUCCUGGUGCUUUUGGGAGCCCACACGGCAGAGGCAGCCGGGACAGCAGGGGGUGGCCGCCUACACUGGAAAGUUCCCUGCCGGAGGCCCCUGCCCGACAGAGCCCCCGUCACUGCGCUGCUGCCCCCACGGCUCGAGGGACCCUGGAUCUCCACUGGCUGUGAGGUGCGCCCCGGGCCCGAGUUCCUCACUCGCUCCUACGCCUUCUUCCCCAGCCGCCUCUUCCGAGCCCACCAGUUCUACUACAGGGACCCCCUCUGCCAGGAGCCCGCCCACUCCCUGGUCAUCAAGGGCAAGGUUCGCCUGCGCCGGGCCUCCUGGGUCACCCGGGGCGCCACGGAGGCCGACUACCACCUGCACAAGGUGGGCAUCGUCUUCCACAGCCGCCACGCCCUGCUCGACAUCGCCGGGCGCCUCAACCAGACCCAGGCUGGCCGCGACUGUGCCCAGCAGCUGCCCCCGGCCCGGGCCUGGGCGUCCGGGGCGCUGUAUGAGCUGCUGAGCGCAAGGGCCGAGCGGGACUGCGCAGCGGCCCUGGGCUUCACCAUGCACGAGCUCAGCCUGGUCCGCAUGCAGCGCCAUCUGCAGCCGCAGCCCCGGGCCGGGCCCCGGCUGGUGGAGGAGCUGUACCUGGGGGACAUCCACACCGACCGGGCAGAGAGGCGGCACUACCGGCCCACUGGCUACCAGCGCCCGCUGCAGAGCGCCCUGCACCACGCUCACCCCUGCCCGGCCUGCGGCCUCAUCGCCCGCUCUGACGAGCACCAUCCGCCUGUACUCCCCGCCCAGGUGGCGCUGCCCCUGCACCUGGGUGGCCAGUGGGUCAGCCCCGGGUGCGAGGUGCGCCCCGCCGUGCUCUUCCUCACCAGGCACUUCACCUUCCACGGGCACAGCCGCUCCUGGGAGGGAUACUACCACCACUUCUCAGACCCCGCCUGCCGGCAGCCCACCUUCACCGUCUACGCAGCCGGCCGCUACACCAGGGGCACGCCGUCCUCCAAGGUCCUUGGGGGCACCGAGCUGGUGUUCCAGGUCACUGAGGCUCGAGUGACGCCCAUGGACCAGGUCACCACGGCCAUGCUCAACUUCUCCGAGCCGAGCAGCUGCGGAGGCCCGGGGGCCUGGUCCCUGGGGGCCGAGCGGGAUGUCACGGCCACCAACGGGUGCCUGCCUCUGGGCAUCAGGCUCCCCCACGUGGAGUACGAGCUUUUCAAGAUGGAGCGAGACCCCCUGGGGCAGAGCCUGCUCUUCAUCGGACAGCGGCCGACGGAUGGGUCCAGUCCAGACACCCCCGAGAAGCGGCCCACGUCUUACCAAGCGCCCCUGGUGCUCUGUGCCAGGGCAGCCCGGGGCCUCUCCAGUGAGGGGCGCUGUCCUCGAGUGGCCCUUCUCCCCUCCGGGCUCCUAGUUCUCGGGCUGGCCGUCCUCCAGAGGCUAUGA